AUGCCAAAGAUAUCCCCAAAUCUAGGCACUGUCUCGUCAUACACACCUGCACGGCUAUUCCCUAAUGGCUGCACAGUAUGCACUCGAUGCCAUGAGUCAUUCCUAAGCCAUGAUGGGUCGUAUGAGAAGCAUGUCGAAGAAUCACUUGACCACCAUCUUUGCCCUCUCUGUGACUACAAAAAGGACUUCGCCACAUUCACCGCGCUGCAAGAUCAUUUUGAGAUGGACCACCUUUGGUGUGAGGCAUGCAACUGGUAUGCCCCAUCUGCCGAAGGACUAGAGAAUCAUUUUGUGCAUAGACAUAUGAUGUGCAAGGUGUGCAAGCAGACCUUCAGGGGGUUGAAUGAGCUGACAGGCCAUGCAAAUUCUCAUCGUCCUCUGACUGUCUCCUGCUUCCUGUGUCGAGAAGCCUUUGCUCUCAGGUCCGCUGCCUUCAAUCAUAUCGAGUCAGAGAUGUGCCAAGGUGGAGCGCUCAGGGAAGAUGUACGACGCGUCGUGAGGGAGUUCCUGGCACAGUCCCCUCAAACAAGAGGGUACCACAUACCAGACAACCGUCUGUUUAGUUGCCAGGGCUGCCAGAAGAGUUAUGGAUGCUUGAGCGACCUGUUGCAGCACGUCGAGACUAGAGGAUGCUUUGAGGGAUAUUGUAAAGGUACUGGCAUGAUCGAGCACAUGGUGCAAUAUGUACAGAUGAACUUGAAGGCCACCAUUGAGCGUCGAAAGAACCGGGGGAUCGAACAGCAACAGCAACAGCAACGGCGUCCGGUGGCAAUGACAAUUCCUAGGGGUGCCGCAAAUCAUCCCCGGGUUCGUAUGCUGCGAACCGAGCAAUUUUGA